CAACCAUAAAGUUUCCCUCGAUGUGCAUGCAGCACCUAACUGCAAUUUAGACAUGAUAGAAAGAAGCUGAAUAAACUAUUUCCAGGUAUAAUAUAAUGAACUUACAGUUGAGACAUACAUAUGAAUAAUAUUAUUGAAAAUAUUUUAUAAACUUUUCUAAAAUUUUCACUCGAAGUUUGUGCACCCAACAUAUGUUCUCUUAUAUAACAUACCUGGUAUGAAUAAGCAACUACAUUACAAUAGAACAACACAAGUCAAGAUUAAUAUAUAUACCCAAUGAAAUAUUCCCACUGUUUUCUUUUAUUUAACAUUGGAAAGUAUAAAAUAGAACUAACCAACGUCAGAAAAGUAAAAAUAGAGGGAACAUAUAAACCUAAAGAUCAGCAUUUAAAAUAUUUUUCGUGUAUUUUCCUCCAAUUUACAAGAUAAUUCACAUAACAGUACAACCUACUAUUUAGUGGAGAAAUUAGUUAAUAAUGGCCUAUAUGAUCCAGAGGUUCAAACUGUAUAUGUUCUAGACCAUUCACAAGCUGUGCCAAAAUACCAAUGAGAUUAUGACAUGCAUGCAUAUGCAUUGCCCUAUAGUAUGAUGGUAACCAUGCAUACCAGCCAUAACAAAUUAAUUUUGUCCAUGCAUGAACAAACCAGAAUGUUCCAGGAUUUAUUCUCUAGCUAAUACCUGUCACUUACACCAAAUUCCUUGCACUAUAUAUAUAGCUACAAUAAAUCAUGCAUGCAUGCCAUUGCCAUUGACCAUAUGCAAGCCUAGUGCCAUAACAAUUUCACAAUAACUUAGAGUAUUAUAUCAAAGAUAGUCGCCGGCGCCGCCAUGGUUCAGGAUCGCAAGGUGCUCGACGCGCUGGACACGGCGAAGACGCAGUGGUACCACUUCACGGCGGUGGUGAUCGCCGGCAUGGGCUUCUUCACCGACGCCUACGACCUCUUCUCCAUCUCCCUCGUCACCAAGCUGCUCGGCCGCAUCUACUACUUCAACCCGGCGUCCAAGAGCCCCGGCUCCCUCCCGCCCAACGUCUCCGCCGCCGUCAAUGGCGUCGCCUUCUGCGGCACGCUCGCCGGCCAGCUCUUCUUCGGCUGGCUCGGCGACAAGAUGGGGCGCAAGAAGGUGUACGGGAUGACGCUCAUGCUCAUGGUCAUCUGCUGCCUCGCCUCCGGCCUCUCGUUCGGGUCGUCGGCGAAAGGCGUCAUGGCCACGCUCUGCUUCUUCCGCUUCUGGCUUGGGUUCGGCAUCGGUGGCGACUACCCGCUCUCGGCGACCAUCAUGUCGGAGUAUGCUAACAAGCGUACCCGUGGCGCGUUCAUCGCCGCCGUGUUCGCCAUGCAGGGCUUCGGCAACCUCACCGGCGGCAUCGUGGCCAUCAUCGUGUCCGCCGCGUUCAAGUUGCGGUUCGACGCGCCGGCGUACAGGGACGACCGGGCCGGCUCCACCGUGCCGCAGGCUGACUACGCGUGGCGCAUCGUGCUCAUGUUCGGCGCCAUCCCGGCGCUGCUCACCUACUACUGGCGGAUGAAGAUGCCGGAGACGGCGCGCUACACCGCGCUGGUCGCCAAGAACGACAAGAAGGCAGCCGCCGACAUGGCGCGCGUUCUCAACGUCGAGCUCGUCGACGAGCAGGAGAAGGCAGCGGCGGCGACGGCGGCGGCUGCGGAGGAGGAGGCAGCACGGCGCGAGCAGUACGGGCUCUUCUCCCGGGAAUUCGCACGGCGCCAUGGCCACCACCUGCUGGGCACGACGGUGUGCUGGUUCGUGCUGGACAUCGCCUACUACUCGCAGAACCUGUUCCAGAAGGACAUCUACACGGCGGUGCAGUGGCUGCCCAAGGCGGACACCAUGAGCGCCCUGGAGGAGAUGUUCAAGAUCUCCCGGGCACAGACGCUCGUGGCGCUGUGCGGCACCAUCCCGGGCUACUGGUUCACCGUCCUCUUCAUCGACAUCGUCGGCCGCUUCGCCAUCCAGCUCGGCGGCUUCUUCCUCAUGACGGCGUUCAUGCUCGGCCUCGCCGUGCCGUACCACCACUGGACGACGCCGGGGAACCACGUCGGCUUCGUGGUCAUGUACGCCUUCACCUUCUUCUUCGCCAACUUCGGGCCAAACUCCACGACCUUCAUCGUGCCGGCCGAGAUCUUCCCGGCGAGGCUGCGUUCCACCUGCCACGGCAUCUCGUCGGCGGCCGGGAAGAUGGGCGCCAUCGUCGGGUCGUUCGGGUUCUUGUACGCCGCGCAGAGCACCGACCCGAGCAAGACGGACGCCGGCUACCCGCGGGGCAUCGGCGUGCGCAACUCGCUGUUCCUGCUCGCCGGAUGCAACGUCGUCGGCUUCUUGUUCACGUUCUUGGUGCCAGAGUCGAAGGGGAAGUCGCUGGAGGAGCUCUCCGGCGAGAACGAAAUGGAGGCUGAGCCGGCGGCAGCAACUAACUCCUACAGGCAGACCGUCCCUGACAGCGGACAGUCCGAGUAAAUAAACAUAAAUUACCGCAAUUACUGUAUCUGAUCUUGUAUACUCUCACUAGUUGCAUUCUGCCAUUCUUGCCUCAGGCCGUAUAAUAAUAAUCUCGAAAUCUUGCUACUGCCCAUGACUAGGAUUCUGGGAACCAGCAGAUUUUCACCAUGUUGGUACAGCUUCUCUGGAUCUCUUCUAUGGUCUGCAAGACCACCUGGAAUUCUCACAUGGCACCUUGGUGCCCUCUGAGUCUCAUUUCACAGAUUGGCAAAUGAGAUAAACUUUAAACGCUCCAGAGCAAUUGAUACUGGCAAAUGAGAUAAUGUUCCUUGAGCGGCAUUGCAUCCACGUCUUUUUCACCCUGAUGCUUAUAACUCUGAGGAGCAUGGAUGUUUCUUCGAAGAAAUUGGUUACAACUUCCAACUCCCAACUCAGAGCAAGAACACAGGCAACCUCCAAAGGGGACAAAAAAAUGACAGGCAAAACUUAGGAAAUGCCCAAUUGCAAUUGAAUGUUAUUGAAUAAAUUUUAAACUUCAAAUCUAGGUUUAAACAAAAGGGAAAAAGAAACUCCAGGUCUACAACCAUCGCCUUUCUGGUAAAGUACCAUGUACCACCCUAUAGUAUAAAUUCCACCUGUAUGUUGGAUCUUGGAAGGUGUAACAUGCCUUAUAACCAACCACUCGGUCUAAAGAGGCUUAUCCGCUUUCCUCGCAGGCGGAAGCACGCAAAAUUAAGUGCCCAGUCCUGUCUUUUUACAGAUAGGGCACAGAUUUUUUAUAACCAGCCAUUGUUUGAUGCAUGCGGUGUGGAA